GGAGGAGGAGGAGGAGGAGGAGGAAGAGGAGGAGUUGAAGAGAAUCGCAGCUGCUAGCAUCACGGAGAAUAAGAAAAGGGAUAAAACCGGCGUAAAUGUUAGGAUGGACAGUCACAUCGGAGGAGGCGGUCAGCGCCUGCCCCCGGACGGGGAUGAAUUUCCCUUGGCAUACCAGGAGUACACGACAACGCUGAGCAACAUGGACAGCAUCGACGGCACGAUGAUGAAAUCCAUCUACACGGAGAAGAGAAUGGUCGACGUAGUUAGCGGUUAUUACGAGUCGUCGUCCGACUCACCGCCGCCGCUGCCAUCGAGUAAUCCGCCGGUCCGCAAGUUCUCGGCGAACGGCGAUCUCUGGCGACAGGACAACAAGAGCGAGAAGAGCGUGAAGGACAAGAUCGCGAUGUUCUCGUCGCAGCAGACGAUCGGAGCGCCAUCGUUCCCGAGCAGAGGUCGAUUGUCCAAGCACAAAUCGUCGGACGACGUGUUUGCCGAGGAGAAGUCGACGCCCGAGAGGGCUCAAAGUUCCUUCGAUCUGAGCAAUCAGAAGGCGCCGAGUCUGCCGCAAACGUCGCCACCGCCGACCUCGAGCUUCAACGGUUACAGGCCUACGUAUCCCGCGCCUUAUAUCCCAAGCAAGUCGCCGACGAGCAACGGACUCACCAGAGCCACGAGCUUCUCCGGAUCUUACGCCAAUCUACCGUCGACCACGAGCGAGUUGUCGGCGAUGGCUAACAGUAGCAGUCCACCGACCGUCGCGAGGACAAAUUCACUCGCCUCGACUUUCAGACGACCCAGUGACGAGGCGAGGAAGAGUAGUUUGAAUCAGCUAAUCGAGCAAAGGCGCAAAGGAAUUUCGAAACUCAGGGGCUUAGUUAUUCCGGAGAAAGAUGCUGUGCCCGUCGAUCAGCCUAUCACCGAUCUGCCGGAGAUCAAGUCGAGGGAUUCUAUUCUGGUCAGUCAAGUAUCCCGAGCAAACAUUCAGGACAAAUGGGGUUCGCAAAGUUCAAUAGCGAGCAACGCAAGCACAGUGAGCUCGUCCCUUCGACCCAACAGCAACAGCAACAGCAACAGCAACAACAACAGCAACAACAACAACAACACCUUCAAAAUGCCAGCACCUAAGAUUCUCUCCAGUUAUUCACCCGCCUUCAAACGUAAAAGUCUGUCGGUCUAUUCACCUACGACCACGACGGUCCUUCCAUCCAACAACAAACCACCGCAACAGCAGCAACUCGCCAGUCCAGACGCACCCAAGAGUCUCGAAAGCAUCUGCAGUCCGACCCGUAGCGAUUACAGCUUCGACUUCGUCUCGUCCAGUGCAUCACCCGAUAAUGGUAACCCACCGACGAGCAACAAACCAAAAGGACGCAACGAGUACGCCGACUCGGACAACGACUCUGCUGUUAGCUCAUCGCAGAGCAGCAUAUCGCGUGGGUUCUCACCGGAACCAGCUUCCUAUCAACUCAUUGUACCAGAAAAAACCAGUGUUUACACUGCCAGGACGCAAUUUUUGUCCGAGAGAAGUUUCUUUACGCCGGAGAAGCCGAGCAAACAGCCGCAACUGAAGAGAUCGGAAUCGACGUCGGAAUCGCUGAGAAUACUGAAGCCGCAGAGCGUGGAAGCCAUUAAUCGAAAGAACAUACUUGCCAGUGCUCGUUGCCGCAGUGGCAGAGAUUUGAAUCUUGGCUCGCCGUUGAUUCAGAGGAAGUUUUCCGACGAAGAGGAGGACAAAAAUGAGUUUGUCGGGAUGACCAAUGGCAAUGGUGAGGCUGCUAAGCCGGAAAUCAAAAUAGCUUACAUAGAAAUAACUGAGAAUGUCGUCGCGAGUGAAGAGAAGAAGGAAGACGAAGUGCCAAGACUACCGCCCAAAAGGAAUGCCGUGCCGAGUGCUAGGAACCAAGUGCCAAUUCCAACGGCGAGAUCAAUGAAAUCCGAAUUGAUGGAACCAUCGAACGACAUGAAAAGUUGGAUGCGCGCCGAAAUGCGAACUCUGACUGCCAACGGUACCAAUUCUUAUGGCAAUCAUAAGAAGAAUGAUUUGGAGACUAACGGCCGUGCGAGCAAGCCAAGUUCACCGACGAUUUCAAGGAACGGCGAGGUUGACGCAACCGAUACGAUCAAACCGAAACCCAGAACCGAGAAGAAGAUCAUCGUUGAAGAACAAGAGGAUCUUCUCACAGUAUUAACGACUAGGAGCCGGUCACGAUCUGGCAUUCACGUCGAAGAGACAAGCUAUGGCAAGUUAAAAAGUCAAAUGAGCCUGGAGGAUAUCCUCGCUAUGAAUUCGAGUGAAUCGCCAUCGAAACUACCGCGAAGUCAGAGUGUCAUUGAAAAAAACGGCACGAGUCCAUUCGCUUCACCGAUGAAUCGACCGACAACUCUGUCAACGUCAGCGGUAAGAAGAUCGAACUCGACGGAUUUGUGGGACGAAUCGUCGAAAAUCGAAAUGAACGACGUUGCGAAAUCCAAAAUCCCAAUGCCAAGAAAUUUAAAUCGACGCAGCUCCAGCGUCACCGACAUGAAGAAGGCUUUCGAGAGGAAUAACGAUGCUAGUCCUCCAAGUGGUACAACAUCACCAGGCAGUAGUCAGCCGGCAUCAGCAGCAGUAGCAGCGGCGGUAGCAGCAGGUUCGCACAAUCGCUUCCCAAGUCUGGACAGCAGCGUGGACCAUGAGCAACGCGGCGGGUUCAGCGUCGAGCAAUUCGGAAGUAUCAGUUCGUUGGCAAGUAGCACCAGUCUUAUAUCACAGCAGGAGCUUGCCCAACUGGUCGACGAGGCCAAUCUUGAGGAACCCCGAGGUGUCCACGACGUGGUGGUGGUACUCCUUCACAAGGACAAUCCGACCGGCAGCGUCGGCAUAAUCCUCGCGGGCGGUGCCGACUGCGAGACGAAGGAGAUCACGGUUCAUCGCGUAUUGUCGCAUUCCGUAGCCGACAAGGAGGGCAGCGUGCAGCGAGGCGAUCGCAUUCUGAGCAUCAAUGGCCGCAGCAUGCGUGGACUGACGCAUCGCGAGAGCUUAGCCGUGCUGAAGCAACCGAGACCCGAAGUCGUUCUCGUUGUGUCGAGGGCGAAAGUCGAGGACAGCAAGAUGAAGGGGAGAACCGAGAGCGCGGAGACCAUUGUCGAAGGUCACGAGGUGACGACGACCACGGAUAGUAGCAGCACGGCGUGGGGUCCGUCGGUCUCGGUGGCGGUCUACAAGGAUGGCGCCGGUCUUGGCUUCAGUCUCGAGGGUGGUCGCGACAGUCCACUUGGCGAUCGACCUCUCUUGAUCAAGAAGAUAUUCACUGGAGGUGCUGCCGAAAAGACAGGUGCUUUGCGCGCAGGUGACCAUUUGCUUGAGGUGAACAAACACGACGUGAGCCGUUUGUCAAGGAUCGAGGCUUGGUCACUGAUGAAAAAAUUGCCCGACGGCGAAGUGAACCUCCUAGUCAGGCAUCCCGCUACCAAGCCGUCGUGAACGAAAAAUAAUUUAUAAUACCAACUCGAUCCCUCGACAAUUCUCCUUCUUACUCUCUUUGUAUACGUUAAUACAAUAAUUUUUACGAAGUAGUAGUCAAGAGAUGAUUCGCCGCCUCCAAGUGUGCCUUUUUUUACUUUUCGUUUAAUUUUACUAUUAUAUAUGUAUUUACUAUAUAUGUAUCUUCUUUCUCCGCCAUAGUAAGAGUUA